ACAUGAGCGAUGAAGAAGAUAUAAAAGGCCAUGCCAUUCCCACGGUUUGUGUCGCCAUCAUCAGCUUCGAUCAUCAUCUUCCUUCAGCUUCAAGCUCCAAUCGUCCCUCAAUCCGUUGGCAACCAUGGUUGACUCUUUCUCCAUCUACAAAACAGCUCUCCUGCUGUCCAUGCUGGCCACCAGCAAUGCGCAGCAGGUCGGCACUUACACCACUGAAACGCACCCCAGCUUGACCUGGCAAACCUGCAGCGGCAGUGGUAGCUGCACUACCACCAGCGGCAGCGUGGUCAUUGACGCCAAUUGGCGUUGGGUGCACGAGGUUGGUGGCUACACCAACUGCUACAGCGGCAACACUUGGGACAGUUCGAUCUGCUCCACCGAUACCACCUGCGCGUCCGAAUGUGCCCUCGAGGGUGCCACUUACGCGAGCACCUAUGGUGUGACCACCAGCGGCUCGUCGCUCCGUCUCAACUUCGUUACGACGUCGUCGCAGAAGAACAUUGGCUCGCGUCUGUACCUUCUGGCUGACGACAGCACCUACGAGACUUUCAAGCUUCUCAAUCGGGAAUUCACUUUCGAUGUCGACGUCUCCAACCUCCCCUGCGGACUGAACGGCGCCCUCUACUUCGUCUCUAUGGACGCUGACGGCGGCGUUUCCCGCUUCCCGACGAACAAGGCUGGCGCCAAGUAUGGAACCGGAUAUUGCGACUCCCAAUGUCCUCGGGAUCUCAAGUUCAUCGAUGGUCAAGCCAACAUUGAGGGCUGGGAGCCAUCUUCGACCGAUGUCAAUGCGGGUUCCGGUAACCACGGCUCCUGCUGCCCUGAGAUGGAUAUCUGGGAGGCGAACAGCGUCUCCAGUGCCUUCACCGCCCACCCUUGCGACUCCGUCCAGCAGACCAUGUGUACGGGCGAUUCUUGCGGUGGCACUUACAGUGACACUGCCGACCGUUACUCCGGUACUUGCGAUCCUGAUGGAUGUGAUUUCAACCCUUACCGCCUGGGCAACACCAACUUCUAUGGUCCCGGAAAGACCGUCGACACCAGCAAGCCCUUCACCGUCGUGACGCAGUUCAUCACCAACGAUGGUACUGACACUGGUACCCUGACUGAGAUCCGUCGUCUCUACGUGCAGAACGGUGUCGUGAUUGGCAACGGCCCCUCCACCUACACUGCCGCGAGCGGCAACUCGAUCACCGAGAGCUUCUGCAAGGCCGAGAAGACCUUGUUCGGCGACACCAACGUCUUCGACACUCACGGUGGACUGUCUGCCAUGGGUGACGCCCUCGGCGAUGGCAUGGUCCUGGUGCUCAGUCUGUGGGAUGACCACGCCGCCGACAUGCUCUGGCUCGACAGCGACUACCCCACCACCAGCUCGGCUACCAGCCCUGGUGUCGCCCGCGGUACCUGCCCCACCACCACCGGAAAUGCCACCUACGUUGAGGCCAACUACCCGAACUCGUAUGUCACCUACUCCAACAUCAAGUUCGGUACCCUCAACUCGACCUACUCCGGUUCGACCUCGGGCGGCUCCAGCUCCAGCAGCACCACCUUGACUACCAAGGCCUCGACCACCACCACUAGCUCCAAGACCACCACCACCAGCUCCAAGACCACCACCACCACUUCCAAGACGUCCACCACCUCGAGCUCGUCCACGAAUGUUGCCCAGCUGUACGGACAGUGCGGUGGACAGGGAUGGACUGGCCCCACCACCUGCGCCAGCGGCACUUGCACCAAGCAGAAUGACUUCUACUCGCAGUGCCUGUAGGGGGGAAGAUAGCCAUUGAGAUGUUCUCGACGAGAGAGGGAGAAUGACAAGGAAUGACA